AAUUUUAAAUAUUAUUUUGGCGUCUGUGACGCCAAACGCCAACACAACAGAAACCACUGACAGAAACUAAACAAAACGAAACCAUAAAACGGCAAUACCCGACCCUCUCUCCAGCCGUUUUACGAGAACUUCGGCGGCUUCAAGCCCUUCAAGCUUCAAGUUUUGCAUGCGUUCGUGAUCUCGCGGUUGAUUCGCAGGUUCGCAUGUCAAAGAAAACUAUCAACCGGCUAAACCAUAUAUGACCGUACGGUACUACUGAAGGCCAAAAGCACCUUCAGCACUGCUGCGUGAAUGAGACAUUUGAUUGCUGUGUUGACGCAGCACUAAUUCCGUGAGCUCCAGAGGUUCCAGCAAUGCGCGACGAUGCCAGCAAGAGCACGGCAUGGACCGUCUUGACAAGGCUGAAAAAUGCGCUGACCGAUGCUCAGCAUCAGGUGGAUGAAGCUCGCCGAGCGACUGAGGAGGCCUGCGAGAUGUGCCAGCUUCUCCUCUCACAGACCGAGGCACCUUCGGGUCUGGACGAACCACGGUCCAAUGGCCACCAGGCUCUCCUGCAUGAAGCUCAAGAGAAGAUGACGAAGGAGCUGGGGAGGGCAGAGAACAUCCUGGCCAGGGCCCAAGGCUUGAGGCAGAGGAGCUUUGGCGGAUCUAUCGAUGGAGGUCUACAGCGGGGAGACUGUCCUGCAUCUCAAGUGGAUAAGUGUCCCGAGGCGAAGAAGGGUGCCAAGGACAGAGAAUCGGCGAGGGGCAUCGUUGUCGCGCACCGUGGCCGCCUUGCGUCUGCCAAAGGAUCGGGAAAGAAGACCUCGGAGAGAGCCCGGUCUGUGCCCUCCAUCCGCACCACCUCUCCCGGCGUGCACUGGCUGGCACAGUGCAGGCUCGGGGUGCAGGACCAGCUGCGUCAGAGCUACGGGCGCGUGGAAGCCGCCUGGGAGCAAGCCAGGGAGCUUCCCCCAUGUCCUGGCCGAGAACGUUUCCUCUUGCAGAUGCGGGCACAUGCACAGGUGUCCCCUUGCAGAGGUACGGAAGAGCCUGCUUUCAUCCCAGCUGCGCAGCCCCCCGGCGUUCGAUGCAGUUACUCUACCGUCAGGGAGCUUCAGGAGUACAACCACCUGAUGUCAAGCAUGAGGAGCAUUCUUCUGGACCGAUUCUUGACGGACCUGUGCCUGGAGCAUGUCUUGCCCCUGCUCACAGGAGGCCAGGCUGGACCGGACUUCGCUGCGGUGCUGAGAUGCUUCUUCGGAGUCGUCUGCAAUGGUGGCCGCCAUUUUCCUGCUUUUGUCAAGAUGGAAGAUUGAUGAUGUUGACCGUCUUCCCCGUCCUCCAUGUAUAUACUGAGCCUCUGCACUAAAAAUGUGGAACAAGAUUUUUUUUUAAAUUC